AUGUUUGCCACGGCUCGUGAAGCUGCAAGGAAUAAUGCCGGUGAUAUUGACACCAUAACACUACCAUCUCAACUCCUGCCUGAGAAGUACUCGUUCUCACAGCUCCAUAGCGAACUUGCCAGUGAUGAGACCUUGAGCAAGGCUGGAGUGCUGGAGAAUUUUCUCGUCCUGCGAAGCUGCCUCGAGCACCCGUCCAGGCUAGAUCGAGAAGCGGACGACGAGAAUAUCAUUGAUAUCAUCGCAUCAUGGAUAUCAAAAAUGAUCCUUCCCGAUGGGAGUAUUAUUGCUCGCGAUGAUAUUCCCUCUGACUCACAAAGUGCCCUCGAGCAGGCUCUCGAAGUCACGCAACGCCUGGGUCUCCAGGGCCUAAAAUGUCUACAAGUCCUCUUAUCCUUCCACUCGCCCCCUUCGCCCACCUCCGGUAUCAAUGACCCUCAAAUCCUCCUCUCAGCCAUAACAUUCACCUCCUCACGUGACACAUGGACCAGCAGCUCUUCUCGAUCCAUCGCCACCAACAUCCUCUCUGUUUAUUCCCACCAAACAGAAGCCUCUGGAUUUAUCAUCGAUUUUCUCUUGCAAUCGGUUGUCCGCCCUCUCUUCUCUAAAUCCAAACCCGAGGCGGUCACGAGUACCGGCCGAAAAGCAAUGCCCUCCUCCGCCCCACCAAAGAGGUACAACGUCUCAGAUGCGUCAGACCCCGCCCAAAAGCCAUGGAAAUAUACUUCUCCCUACUCGAUUCCUGUAUUUGAAUGGGUGGUUGAGAGUUCUUCUGAAGCAAUCAUAAGCCAAAGCUGGAACCUCUUUAUCCCACCCCUGUUAACCCUCCUUGAUGACCCCAGCACGCCCAUACGCUCACGCGGCCUAUCCAUACUCUCUUCCUUCCUCCCGAAAUUCGGCAGGAAAUUAUUGGAGCAGACGGGAUUGGGCGAAGUAUUUGAUGAUGCAGUUAUGCCAACUUUGAUGUUUCUACCCAGUAUCACGCCCGCUGACGAAUCUGUCCAACUAUUGGGGCCAGCGUAUGAGGCUUUGUUUGUGCUUGGGGAUGUGAGAUGGGGAGUCAAGGAGACAGGGGAAAAGGGGCGGGAACAGGUGAACCAACAGGACCGGAUGAAGUUCUACGACCGGGUAAUGAGGAAAGGAAUUUUGAUGGGUUAUAUGUAUGCCAAUGAGCAUCCAAGCAUCGUGGAGCUGCUUAUAGGUGAGAUGGGGGUUUUGGUUGAGAAGAUGGGGGUGAAUGCCGUGAAGCAUCUCAAGGAUAUCAUACCCAUUCUCUCAGCUCUCCUAACCGAUCCUUUCGCAUCCUCGCCAAAACAGCUACUCACCGUGGUCCGCACACUAAAGUCCGUCAUUCUAGCCUGCUGGCCUCGAAUAUCUCAGCCCGCACAUCGCCUUACCAUCUUGAAAUCAUUGGUAGCAUGUUGGAAGAACAUUGAGGGAUCUCAGGCGGGCACGGAGGAUCUGCAAAGGGAAUUGAAGGGUGUGGCACGAUUGUUCGUUAAGACUGUCGAAGCUACGCAGGUCAUCGGUACGGGUUGCGAUAUCCAAGGUGAAGUGGGCGCGUUGGUGGAAGCUGAUUCUGGGCUUGGCGAAUUGUUUGGUUUGUAG